UGUGUCUCCAGCAGACACCUUCCGGGUCGACAGAAAGCUCGCUGUGCUGCACAGAGCCCGGACUGUCCGCAAAGGAGGGCUGCUGUGUGUCCCGUUGACCUCCCCCUGCAGUGCGAGUGUCAGGUGUGUGUGUGCGCACCAUGGCGAGCCUCCUCCGUGUUGUGGUGGCCAGCUGCUCGGCCCCGGUGUUUAGCGGCGUCUCCUCGGUGAAGCUGCAGAGCGGCGGUGCUAUCAAAUCGUCAUGCGUGCGGUUUUUCAGGACCCAUCAAGCUCUCUGGCGGUGUGCCAGUCCAGGUAUUCCAUACAAACAACUCACAGUCGGCGUUCCCAAAGAGAUUUUCCAGAAUGAACGCCGCGUGGCGCUGUCUCCCGCCGGUGUCCAGGCACUCAUCAAGCAGGGCUUCAACGUGGUCGUCGAGUCCGGUGCCGGAGAGUCGUCCAAGUUCGCAGACGAACAUUACACCCAGGCCGGAGCGACGGUUAAAGACCUCAAAGACGUCCUGGCGUCCGACGUGCUGGUGAAGGUUCGCGGUCCAGUUUUCAACCCUUCUUUGGGCGUCCAUGAGGUGGAGUGCAUGAAGGAUGCAGCCACCCUUGUCAGCUUCGUCUAUCCGGCUCAGAACCCGGAGCUGAUGGACAUGCUGUCCCAGAAGAAAGCCACCGUCGUGGCUAUGGACCAAGUGCCCAGAGUCACCAUCGCUCAGGGUUUUGAUGCACUGAGCUCCAUGGCGAACAUCGCCGGGUACAAGGCCGUAGUGCUGGCAGCUAACAGCUUUGGGAGGUUUUUCACUGGUCAAAUCACAGCAGCUGGGAAAGUGCCACCUGCAAAGGUUCUGAUCAUUGGAGGAGGUGUCGCCGGGUUGGCAGCCGCUGGUACUGCCAGGGCCAUGGGAGCCAUCGUUAGAGGAUUUGAUACCAGAGCUGCAGCUUUGGAGCAGUUCAAAUCUCUGGGUGCAGAGCCCCUGGAGGUGGACGUCAAGGAGUCGGGAGAAGGCCAGGGGGGCUACGCCAAGGAAAUGUCGAAGGAGUUCAUCGAGGCGGAGAUGAAACUGUUUGCCAAGCAGUGUCAGGAGGUGGACAUCAUCAUCACCACCGCUCUUAUUCCUGGUAGGCGGGCACCCAUCCUGAUCACUAAACCCAUGGUGGAGAGCAUGAAAGACGGGUCGGUGGUGGUAGACUUGGCUGCUGAGGCUGGUGGAAACAUUGAGACCACGGUACCUGGAGAGCUGUCUGUACACAAGGGAGUCACCCAUAUCGGUUACACAGACCUGCCCAGCCGUCUACCAACGCAGUCCAGUACUCUGUACUCCAACAACAUCACUAAGCUGAUUCGGGCCAUCAGCCCCGACAAGGACAACUUUUACCUUGAUGUGAAGGACGUGUUCGACUACGGGACCAUGGACCACGUGGUCAGGGGAUCUGUUGUCAUGCAGAACGGAAAGAACCUGUUCCCCGCUCCUCAGCCCAACAACUUGCCCACCGCCGCUCCUCCUAAACCCAAGUCCGUCCAGGAACUGGAGAAGGAGAAGGCUGCGCAGGUCUCCCCCUUCGCCGCCACGCUCACCACUGCUGGCGCGUACACCGGAGGUGUCGCCACCCUGCUGAGUCUGGGCCUGGCUGCUCCCAACGCUGCCUUCACCCAGAUGGUCACCACCUUUGGUCUGGCUGGCAUCGUGGGAUACCACACGGUGUGGGGAGUCACCCCCGCCCUGCACUCCCCGCUUAUGUCUGUCACCAACGCCAUCUCAGGUCUGACAGCUGUGGGUGGUCUGUCCCUGAUGGGAGGUGGCUACAUGCCAACUUCCACUGCUGAGACACUGGCUGUGCUCGCCGCCUUCAUCUCCUCGGUCAACAUUGCCGGUGGUUUCCUGGUCACCCAGAAGAUGUUGGACAUGUUCAAACGUCCCACCGACCCUCCGGAGUACAACUACCUCUAUCUGCUCCCCGGUGGCGUCUUUGUCGGAGGCUACGCCGCCGCCAUGCAAUCUGGAUACAACAUUGAACAGAUGAUGUACUUGGGCUCAGGUCUGUGCUGCGUUGGUGCCCUGGCUGGCCUUUCCAACCAGAGCACAGCUCGCCUUGGUAAUGCUCUGGGCAUGAUGGGAGUCACGGGGGGGAUCGUUGCCACUCUGGGCGCCCUCAAACCGGACCCGGAGCUCCUGACGCAGAUGAGCGCAGCAAUGGCUGUAGGUGGCAGUGUUGGUCUGGGCAUUGCCAAGAGGAUCCAAAUCACAGACUUGCCCCAGCUGGUAGCCGCCUUCCACAGCUUGGUCGGCUUGGCUGCUGUGCUCACCUGCGUGGCCGAAUAUAUGAUCGAGUACCCCCACUUCGCCACGGACCCCGCGGCCAACCUCACCAAGAUCGUCGCUUACCUCGGCACCUACAUCGGCGGAAUCACGUUCAGUGGCUCUUUAGUGGCGUACGGCAAACUGCAGGGUAUUUUGAACAGCUCCCCCCUGAUGCUCCCCGGCCGUCAUGCUCUGAAUGCCAGCCUUAUGGCAGCCAGCGUCCUCGGAAUGGUUCCCUACAUGCUGGAUCCAAGUUACACCACGGGCAUCACCUGCCUCGGAUCAGUGUCUGCUCUCUCCGCUGUCAUGGGCGUAACCUUAACGGCAGCCAUCGGCGGCGCUGACAUGCCGGUGGUCAUCACCGUGCUCAACAGCUACUCCGGCUGGGCGCUGUGCGCAGAGGGCUUCCUGCUCAACAACAACCUGCUGACCAUCGUCGGGGCUCUCAUCGGCUCGUCCGGAGCCAUUCUGUCCUACAUUAUGUGUGUGGCCAUGAACCGCUCGCUGGCUAACGUGAUCCUGGGAGGCUACGGCACGUCUUCCACCGGUACAGGGAAGCCCAUGGAGAUCACAGGGACGCACACAGAGGUCAACGUGGAGCAGACCGUCGACAUGAUUAAAGAGGCCCAGAACAUAAUCAUCACUCCAGGUUAUGGACUCUGCGCUGCAAAGGCCCAGUAUCCCAUCGCUGAGCUGGUGAAGAUGCUUAAAGAAGCAGGAAAGAAUGUCAGGUUUGGUAUUCACCCAGUAGCCGGACGUAUGCCUGGUCAGCUCAACGUGCUGCUGGCUGAAGCCGGUGUCCCGUAUGAUAUUGUCCUGGAGAUGGAAGAGAUUAACGAGGACUUCCCUGAAACUGACCUGGUCCUGGUGAUCGGUGCCAACGAUACGGUGAACUCGGCCUCCCAAGAAGACCCCAACUCCAUCAUCGCUGGUAUGCCCGUGCUGGAGGUCUGGAAGGCUAAGCAGGUGGUUGUGAUGAAACGCUCCCUGGGUGUGGGCUACGCAGCUGUAGACAACCCCAUCUUCUACAAACCCAACACCGCCAUGUUGCUGGGUGACGCCAAGAAGACCUGCGACGCCCUGCAAGCCAAGGUCCGCGAGACCCAGAGCCAGUAACGCGGCGCUGCCUCGGACGGGCACCCUCCGCCUCCAAGAGCACAGGCGGAGGCUGGAAGGAGGUAGACAGUGAGGCAAAGGUUUCCCCCCAAAAGGUUCACGUCGUCUUUGUCCAAUAAUUACCGCUCUCGGCAAAAAUGAUUGAUGCGAUAAAAAUAUUUUGUUUGGCGGACCCGUUCAUUAUUGAUGUGUAGAUAAAAGAAGGUUAAUGUAGAUACAGAUUUGUUUCUGUUUGACGCUUCUUUUAUUUCUAGGUCAAUGAUCUGAUCACAUCUGCUUGUAAAUCUGUAAUCUGGGAAGCUGCAGACUGAGUGUUCGUUUUAUAUUAAUGUACAACAAUCAGAGGUGUAGAUGCAUUCAAGUGUUAGAUAUGUUAAAUUUUACUGUUUUAGGAAAUAGUCGAUAAGAAAAUCUUAGAUAAAAAGUUGUAACAGUGAACCACCAGAGAAAGUGAUAUAAGAGACCUGGGCACUAAUGUUUUUUCCCCCACUCUGUAAAGUUUCCUCCCUUUUUUCUCUAUAGUUUGGCUUUUCGUUGAUUGGUGUUCCCUCUGAUAGGUCUACUUCCUCACGUUUUCUUCUGUAGAAAGUAAAAAGACAAAAAAAGUCAGACCGGCAAAUUUUUGUAGAGUUUUCUCAGUUCCUGUUUUUUACAGAGAGAGUUUUGUACCCGGUGUUAUAAUUGUGCUCCGUGUGUGACCUCCAUUAAGUAGGAAUCACACUUGGAUCCAAAAAAAAAAAAAAAAAAAAAUCCAUUCAAGCAUCUUCUAUUGAGCACGUAAUGCAAUAAUCCAAAAGGAAUUCUGGUUGCGAGACCACAGCUGUCCUAAAAUGCUGGUGAAGUCCGCCCUGCUCCUGCAAACAAACAAACACUCUUGUAGCUCCAGUGGCUGAAUGGAUUUUUUUUUUUUUUUUUUUUUCUUGAGGUUUUUGAACCCGACGUGUUCCUUUGUCCUGUGUGGUUCAGAUAUUAGUUCAGUACGUGCGAUGCGAGUGUUUGGCCUUAAAGGUAAAGAAGGAGUUUUCCUCUUAUCCACUCCUUUUCAUCCACUCCUAUGUGUGUCCUCCUCAUUGCUCCGCAGGGAAAUGAAGGAUCACCGUCUGUAAAGAGUCUAAACAACAAUGCAGUUAUUUCACUCAAAGUGUUGCCACUUUUCAGAAUAUAUGAAUUGUUAGUUAAAUGAGCACUUAUUAUUUUUUCUUUCUUUUUUUUUGAUGAAGCCCAACUUUUGCCACUAACAAACCCUGUGCCAAACCUUCGCCUUUUUAAACUGACAGAUUCUACACCAUGAGUAUAGAUGGUUUGGCUGCUGUUUAAUCCCUUGAUUAGAUCAAGAAAGAUUAUUUAAGGACCAUUCCACUCCACACCUGGCCUUACACGGCUCAGAAGACAGCCAAACUAAAAGUACAUGAAAUGGGUCCAUAGACUUUCGAUGUUUUCUUAGGUUGACCUGCUGCCAUUUAUUUAUCACUUUGAGCUUUUGCAGUUAUGAUACAGUAGAUGAAGAAUAUAUAUAUGAGUCUGAGGAACAAUAGUUCAUGAGGUGACAAGUCAGCAGUCUUUACUUUGUAAUCUAUAAAAGUACUGUAAGAGAGAGAUGUAAGAGUUAUUAUAGUUUCAUUCUGGGACCUGAUACGUUGACCAUGACAACUAUCCUACCUCUCCGUAAAACGACCAAUACCUUUCCAAUAGGAACUUCCGAUUCCACCGCAGGAUCUGCCUGUUUCCGGCCACACAACUCGAUUACAACCGCUCGGCUCUUUGUAUAUCCAAAAACCAGGACCAACCGCCUUCUGUUUUGUGUUGCAUUUUUUAACCACCAGACCUCAGUUUGCCAAGUUUACUCUUGUGUUGUUUUUUUUUUUUUUUCCUGCAGAUGUCAUUAGUGCUCAUGAGCUUCAAUCUACACAACUCAGUCUUUAGGGGCUAUAACAUUGAGAUGCCUGCUUGCUAUUUGUUGUCAUUUGUUUGAGGUAUGGCUCAAAUUUAAAGGAGAUGGAGAAUCUAAACAAUUUAAACGUGCCCCCUUGUGCCCUUUUUUUUCUUCUUAAGGAAAGUAUUUUUGUAAAGAGGCGUCGUUAUGUGAGCGGAGCAACAAUAGGGUUUUGAAGUUUUGAUGUUCUGGACAUGAAAUGUACUGUGAAUUUGGUUUCCCUUCCCCUCUUCUGUUUAUCAUGGAACAUUUUCAUCCCUAAUAAACCUGUAUUUACACUAGA